AUGGCUUGUACUGAUAUUAAAGUGAAGGAACCAGACAGACGUUCUUCAGGCCAAGCUUUUGAGAUCAUUUUGAGCCCUACAGCUGAAACAAUUCCAGAGUUUCCUCUUUCUCCCAAGAAAGAUCGAUCACUUGAAGAUCUUCAAAAAAAAAUGGAAGCUGCAGAAAACAGACGGAAGUCACAUGAAGCAGAGGUUCUGAAGCAGUUGGCUGAAAAACAGGAACAUGUAAAGGAAGUGCUUCAGAGAGCAAUUGAAGAAAGUAACAAAUUCAGCAAAAUGGUAGAAGAAAGACUGACUUCCAAGAUGGAGCUCAUUAAGGAAAACCGUGAGGCCCAGUUAGCUGCUAGGCUUGAGCACCUUCCUGAGAAGAACAAGCACCUUGAGGAAGUGAGAAAGAUCAAAAGAGAGCAAGGAAACUGA